GUGUUGAAUAAAAACAACUUAACCUAAAAAUCAAUAUCAACAACAUGGUCUUUACUUUUUUGAAAUAAAUGAAUAAUAUCCAUUAACAGAAUAAAAAAAUGGCAAAAUUAGGAUCCUUUUAUAGUUUAUGUCCUUUAAUUGAUAACAAAGGUAUUUUAGAUGUAUCAAAUGAUCGUGAAGAAGGCGUUGUAAUUGUAACAUUAGGAAAAAAUAUUGCUAGCAGAUACAAAGUAUCAAACCAAAAACAAAUCACAUGUUGGCGUACGAAAGAAAAGUUUAGUUCUCCAGUUUUGUAUGACAAACAAAAAAACCAAUAUGUUGCAGUUUUUAAUCAAACCCAUAUCAAAUUUUGGAAUUUAGAUGAUAGUUUGGAUAAGUUAAAGAAGUAUAAGUUCACGAAGCCAAUUCACACUAUAUUAAAUGUAGGAAAAAAUUAUUUGAUAUUGUUUCAAAAUGGUUACCUUCACGACCUGGAUGAUGCAAUAGAAAACCGAAAAUCUUUAAUACCACCCAGUACUGAUGUGACACAAAUUGAUCAUGUCUUAUGUGAAUCAAUGAACGAACACAUUUAUAUUGGUUUAAUAACUGGAAACAAUUUUUAUUGGACAAUUUACACGGGAGGGUCUCCAAAAUACUCCAAAAUAGAGUUAAGCAGAGAUGGUUUAGAUGUGAGGGGACGUAUGUUCCAUGCAAUGGGAAAUGUUCUCUACUUGUUUACCUUGUGGUCGGACGGCAGUAUUUUCGCAAAAUCACUAGAAAACGAGAACUCUUCUGAAAACGACUUGGGCGAGCUAUAUACAAUAGUGGAUUCUGUAUCUUCCAAACAUUUUGUGGCAAUGAUAUCUCUAGAUGAAAAUUAUAUAGGCUUAUAUGGUGCAAAUACAAACGAAGAAGGAGCUAUGCUAGCUAUAUAUAAUCUACAGUUUAAAGUUACCCAAUCUAAACAACCUUUUAAAUUGUUUACUACAAAUACUAAAAUAUGGAAGCAAGAAAACAGUAUAUUGCUGCCUGUGGGGCAAAAUUUGGCCGUUGUACCAUUCCACCUUGAGACAGAACAACUAGCAGCUCUAGUGGGAAGUCAUAAAGAACUUCAGAAUAACCUCGAUGCAGAUAUUAAAAUAGUACACGAACUGGAUAUAACCUCAUGGGAUGGAAAACAACUAAAAAGUAACUUACCUGCAGAUUUAAAAACCAAACUUGAACAGUACAUGAACCAAGGAUUAUCAGAGAAUAUAAUUUUUGAAGAACUGCUACCCGAAAUGAUAAAACAGAAAGAUUUGGAUCUGCUGUAUCUACUACUCCGCAACUUUUCUGAUAUUCAUGAGAAGUAUCUUGUCCAAAUUUUGAAUUACGCAUUGGAAAUCAAGAAUUCGAAGCUUAUUAAUACAAUAAUUGCUAGAUCUUUUAGUGAAGUCCUCAUCUUGCCUUAUUUGCGAUCAGAUCUUUCUACGGAUAAAGUACUAGAGUUGUUAGAACAUAUUCAAAGUUCUUGGUCUAAAGACAUACCAUUAAAAGGUUUAAACUUUGUAGAAACCCACACAAAGUUUUUAGAAUGGAGUUGUGUGUUGAUCGAUGCCAAUUAUCAGAAAAUAGUUUUAUCCAAAGACAAGGUAUUUUUGGAGAUGUUGAGUAAAAUAGACGAACUAGUGAAAAAUUAUUUAGAGUCUUUAAAUGACUUGAAAGCUGUGGAGCCUUUGUUAAGUAAUUUUAAGAAGAAGAAAACUGUUAAUAGGUGUACUAACGUUGACAAUUUGAGGUAUUCUAUCGAACAAAUCAGUUUAUAUUAGUUAUUGUAAUAUAUUUUUUUGUGAUA